CUUGAUUCUCGAUCUCCGAGUUUCCAUUCAUCCCCCUUUCCCCCCGCCCCAUGACAAAAUUCGUUACUUGUUUUACAUUCGCUUUUGUCCACCAACAACCACUGCUCGCUCUUCUUUUUUCUCUCUCUCUCUCGACACUCCUUUCCCCCCCCUCCCCCCCCAACCUCUUCCUGUUCCUGCCUUUCUUGUUGCCGUCUUGUCGCUUCGUCUCUGCGUGGAAACCGUCAGGAAGAGCGCGAGGAUUCCCAGGGUACGGAAACGCGAACGAGGGAAGAAUUCGACAACCCCGUACAUCGUUCUCUAUACAUCAUCCCCCUCCAUCCGGCUCUCUGACAGGCGUCGUCCGCGGACCUUGGGGAAUCGGGUGUCAGUUGUCAAGCACGAUUGAGCCAUCGCCCACCAGGAAGUAUCGACAGACCGGGCCAUCCGCCGAGGAAGACACCAGAGGAGCCACGGGCGUAUUUGCAGUUGGAAUUCUCCAGAUUCGCCAAUCAGCACGUUGCCAGCGAACGGCCCUGCUUUGACCGUCAAUUGCCUGCCCCCGUCUCCGACCUAGUAUACACACAGCACGUAUACAUAAACACAGAACACGUACCAAGUCGACAAACAAACAGUCCGUAUCGCCAUCAUCGAACUACAUCCUCACCCAGUCACAAGGAUCAACUUCUGCCCGUGGCCGGCCACA